AUGAUGAAAAUGGCUUAAAGAUAGGAAUGUGGAAAGAAUUGCAUGAGAAUUUUUGUGAGUAUUAAAAAUGAAUAAGUUUAUUUUAGUCGUUUUUAGAUUAUUUAUGAAGGUAAAUAUCAAAAUGGUCGAAAGUUCAGUAUUUAAAUUAAUGUACUUAUAAUCUAUAACAUAAUAAAAUAGAGGAAGAGGAGAAUAUGAAGCAUGGAUAAUGGAUUGA